CACCUAUCAACCAGAAACUAGUCUUAUAAUAUUUGUUCCAUUACACUUGUCUCAUACGUUUCUAGAUUAAACAGUAACGCGUAUACCCAGUUGAGUGGUUCUUCAUCUUAUAGCGUGCGCCUAUGCCGUGACCCUUGAGGCGUUUUACUUGAGAACUUAAGAUGAAGACUGUUUACAUCACAACAACCUUAUAGAUCCGUAGUCAAGGUCGUUUAAGAACACGCAGCAUCUGACUGGUUUUCAAAACAUUGACGCUCAAUUUUCGACAAAUUCAAUACGAUAGUGUAUGUGUUAGUGUACGAAAAUGGGAAAUCAACGUGAUGUUUGCAAUAAUAUAGACAGAUUUUAGAACAAGUGGAAAGCUGAAGCAAGUUGACUGCCGCUCCUCAUCGUUAAACCAGAAUGAAGUUCUUAGAAAUUUGCAACUGAAAUGGAAGAAUGGCUCGAAUAUAUUUCUGCAUAUUUAUGCUUUUCCACCUCGCUAGAAUUGUCUACCUAUCUUCCCAUGAUUUUCGCUACAUUUCUCAACAAGAUUUGGAACCGACAAUUAAAACUUUCUCAAGUCCUGGUGUCAGCAAUUAUUUCCAAAUGCUCUUCGAUAUCUCCAGCAAUGAAGUCAUCGUCAGUGCCAAGGAUUCAAUAUUCCGUCUAACCCUUGAAGAUUUGAAUUUGAUCGAGAAUGUGACCUGGAAAGCAUCGAAUGAAAAUAUAUCUCAGUGUAUUGCGAAAGGUCAAUCAGAACAUGUUUGCCAAAACUAUAUUCGAAUUUUACAGAAGAAAGGGAACAAGCUAUUGGCCUGUGGAACCCAUGCUUUUCUUCCUCAGUGCAGUUGGAGGAAGAUCGACAAUAUUUCCCAAGUUACAGAAUGGAUGAGUGGAAUUGCAAAAUGCCCUUACAGUCCAUUCUCAAACCACACGAGUAUUAUUUUGGAAAAUGGCGAUUAUUACUAUGGUGGACCUACAGAUUUUUCAGGCUCUGAAUCCUUACUGUCCAAGACAACCGAAGUUCUACGCCAUAACGUCAAGACAAGACAAUACAACCCUUUGUGGCUAAACCAACCCCAAUUUGUAGGCUCUUUUGAAACAAACGACUUCGUCUAUUUCGUGCUCAGAGAGGCCGCAGUAGAAUACAUGAACUGCGGUAAAAUAAUUUAUUCUAGGAUAGCUAGAGUUUGCAAAAAUGACAUGGGCACUCAUAAUCUGUACGGGGACAUUUGGUCGACUUUCAUCAAAGCAAGACUCAAUUGCUCAAUAAGCGGUGACUACCCUUUCUAUUUCAACGAGAUUCAAAGCAUAUCUUAUGAGGCUGAGGAGAAUUUGAUGUACGCUGUGUUCACAACACCCAACAACGGAAUUGGUGGAUCUGCCAUUUGUGCGUUCAAUUUAACUGCUAUAAAUGACGCUUUUAAUGGACCUUUCAAGUACCAGGAAGGAAUGGAAGCUGCUUGGCAUGCAUCAUCGACCCCUCACAGAGAACACUUAGAGUGCAAGACUACAACGAGCAGACAUCUCAUAGAGACCACCAAGUACCAACUGAUGGACUCGGCAGUACAGCCACUCACCUUAGAUCCUCUACAUAUCUCAGAGAAGGAAAGAUACACUCAUAUCACUUCAGAUAUAGUGGCCACGAAGCUACACAAAAGUGUUCAUAUUUUAUAUGUAGCAACUUUAGAGGGCUUGGUCAAAAAAGUGGUUAUUCUUCCAAGGACUUUGGAAGCUUGUAUCGUCGAAGUUUGGGAACUUUCAAUCGAUGUACGGAUCCCAGUGAGAAAUAUGAAAUUUGUCAAACAAACCAAUUCGGUGUAUUUUACAACUGACCAGAAGAUGUUUCGAAUACCUGUGGACCAGUGCAAAAGACACACUUCAAGAAGCAGCUGUAUAAAUGCCAUGGAUCCUUAUUGUGGAUGGAACGAAAGGGAUGAAACCUGCUCUCUACCAGCCGAUGGCAACCCCCUCGACAAAUAUUGGGAGCAAUCGGUUGUCUCUUGUCCGGUUCUGGAUUCACCAGUAGAUGGAGGAUGGAGCAGUUGGGGUCCCUGGGCCCCUUGUCUUCAAAAAGGAACAGAAGACCCCUCCGACACUUGUUUAUGUCAGCAAAGAUAUUGCAAUAAUCCUGCCCCAGUCAACGGUGGCAAGCCCUGCACUGGCAUAUCGUUAGCAGUAACCAACUGCACAGUCCAUGGUGAUUGGUCGGAUUGGUCAUCUUGGUCAGCCUGUUCAGCCACAUGCGGCCAAGCUACUAAAAUAAAGACCAGGAGUUGCACAAAUCCAGCGCCAGCAUUCGGAGGUAGAGUAUGUGUUGGACAAUCCAUCAUGGAAGCCUACUGUUCGGAGCUCCUUCCCUGCCCCAUUCAACCCAAAAAUGGAGGUUGGAGCGAAUGGGAACCUUGGAGUGUUUGCUCUGUAUCUUGUGGUAUCGGAUUCAAGAGGAGAAGAAGGAAAUGCAAUAAUCCUAGACCAAGAGAUGGAGGGCAGUAUUGCAUAGGAAACGAUACCGAAUAUGAGGAGUGCAUCAAAAAUGAAUGCGAGGAACACAGGAAGCAUCAUGUAACAGAAUGGAUAAGAGAGAAGAACCUAGGAAGAGGGGGCUACACUCAAAAACGAUAUAGGCUUUUGUGCAAGGCUAACGUUAGGCAAGCAAGUGACAUUCGUCUAAGUUCCAAAGAAGAAGUUCAGACCUGCAAUAACAAAGAUCAAUGCUACCAGUCGGAAAUAAUCCAAAAACCCAAAUGGAGUCCAUGGUCUCCUUGGGAUGAAUGUUCUGCACAAUGUGGAAGCGGUGUUCAAAACCGCACUAGGUAUUGUGAAGGCAGAGGUUGUCAAGGUUCCAAUAUAGAGAUAAGGCAAUGCUCCAGACCUCCGUGUACAGGAGAAUGGAGCUGUUGGUCCGAAUGGUCCCCCUGUAAUGUAUCUUGCGGAUGGGGAGUUCAAACAAGAACGAGAUCCUGUUUGUAUGAAAACUGUAAAGGUGCUGAUAGAGAGACACAACCGUGUGAACAAGAACCUUGCGCAUCACUCUUAGGCUGGGAGAAUUGGUCUGCUUGGUCGCUCUGCGAUGAAAAUAAUGAACAACAUCGAAAAAGAAAAUGUAGAACGAUUAACCCUGCCACAGGUGUUUGUCAAGGCAGCUCUUUUGAAACUAGAAUAUGUGUCACUCGUGGACCAAAUGGUUUCAGCCAGGGGGAGUCGCAGCUUCAAACAGCUUCCAUGCCCAUUGGUCUGGCAUUUGCCUAUCUAAUAAUAGGGGCUAUCCUAGGUGUAACUUGUGGUGUCAUCGUUGUCCAUAUUUAUUUCCGGAAGAAGAAAACUAAAAUCCCUAGUUCCCCCCACUAUAUAAACGCUAAACAGAACCCUUAUGUUACAGUGCCAUUACAUGACAGGUCAAAAAAAAAUAGCGCAUCUACCUCAAAUAGUUUACUCAAUAAUUUCCACAGUGGAACAUUGAAAUCAACGAAAUGUUAUGAUUACGACACAGUUAAACGUGGAAACCAUGUUUUAGCUAACUUACAUCAUAAACAGGACUUUUUAAAUGACGACAAGUCAUAUUAUGACUGAAUGAUAAAUAAAUUAUAUGUAAGCGACAAUAGUAAUUGUAUAAAAUGAAGCUCAUGGCAAGACAAAUACUUAAAAUCAUGUGAUAUGAACAAGUAGUCUCAAAAAAGAAAUAUGUAUUUAACUAUUGCUCUCUUAAUUUGAGUUAACUAUAAUUUAGUUGAUAUAUUAUCAACAGAGAGAAUAAUUCUAGUAACUUCUAUCCUAACAACACCUAUUUACUCACAUUGUAUAUCUGUGCUGGUUUACUUAACAGGAAAUUUGAAAAUAAAUAACCAAUACUCAAAUUGAUAGUAUAUCUGUUGUUGAUUUUGUAACUGUUAUUUUUAUGUAUUGUAUUUUAUGUACUUUUAUACAUGUGCAAUUAUUUGUAACACAAAUGUUAUGUUAUAAUUUGAAUUUUAAUAUUGAUUUCAUACAAUUGUUCAUAUUGAACAGACUUAGGAAUACAUCCUGUACAAAUACAUAAAUUUUUGUUAUUUCUUCUAUUCAAAUUUCCUUUUGCGAUGGAACAGUGAAUUAUUUACUAUAGCCCAAGUUAAAGUAUAGUGAAAAAACUAGGCUAAAGUUUGAAUAAUUAAAACUUGGGAACAUUAAAAGACAAAUUGAUUUUGCCUAAAUUUAUUGAUAACUAAUAAUUUUCAUUGUUACAAAAGGAUAAACUAUAUGAAAAUAUGUAGGAAGCUUCCAAGUUUGUUAUUUAGUGUGCACUGUGAAUUAUUCAAUAUUUAUAUUAUAAGCAAUGCCAAACACUUAGGCAGGCUGUAUUUAUAGUGAAAGGCUCUUUGCUAUUCAAUUGUCAACAGCAAAAUUUCAGAUUAAAAGAGGUAACAUUAUUGAUCCUUACUCAGUAUGACCUCUUCAGAUAACAGUGCGCA